CAUAAUAAAGAACUCUAACCUCUCAGGUUACCUUCUUCUAAGAUCAUGGAUGAGAGAUUGUUAAUAGGAGCACUGAAGGGUGGCAAAAACACUAAGAUCAUUUCUUUGAAUAAGAAGAAGAUGACAAAGAUGCCUUCAGCAUUAGAAAAAUUGCCUGGCCUGAAGACUUUAGACCUUCAGAAUAACCUAAUCCCCAAAGUGUGUCCAGAGAUAAGCACCUUGACCCAGUUGACAGUACUAAAUAUGGGAAACAAUCUUUUAGAAGAAGUUCCAGAAGAGAUGAAAUACCUUACUUCCCUGAAGGCACUUCAUUUAUUUGGAAAUAGGAUUUGUAGAUUUGCAACUGGAGCAUGUGAUGGUUUACAAAAUUUGAUCCUGCUUAAUCUGAACAAAAAUCGGCUUACACAACUUCCUCAGGAAGUCAACAGAUUAAAAAGUCUUACAUGUUUGAGUAUAAAUUAUAACCAGCUAACCAGCAUUCCUAGAGAACUUUGUUUCCUUGAGAAUCUUUCUGAACUUCAUUUUAACUACAAUCAACUCAUUUGCAUACCUGAAGAGAUUAAAUUCUUGAAGAAGCUCCAGAAGCUUUUCUUGGCUAGAAACAACAUGGAGGGUUUACCAGAGGGCAUUUGUGAUCUUAAAAAACUAAGAAUCCUAGACAUAGCUGGAAAUAAUGUUCAGAUAUUUCCACCAAGAUUUCAGGAUCUGAAGCUGAGGGAAUUCUACUGUGAGGAUAAUCCACUCUUCCUGAAGCAACCAUUUACGGCUAAACAGCAGGAGGACGUUUGGAGUCUAAAGGAAAUAACAUCAAGAUUUGUUAUGAAUCAGCUAGCUGCAAAGAAUACUUUUCUAAUGCAUGCCGUAGAACAAUAUCCGGAGGUCAGGAACAUAAUCUCUGAGGGAAAAAACUGUGCAAUAUGUGGAAAAUUCUUUUUAACCAUAUGGCUGGAAUGUGUUCAGUUUGUUCCUCCAUCAAAGAACUGGAAGAUAAGCCAAAAUCUACAGCUGGUACCUCUUCGAAUAUUACUUUGUUCUUACAAAUGUUUUAAUCGGCGUAACCCUAACGUCUUUGGAAUUUCUCAAGAGUAGAACAGGUGAGAUGCAUCUUUAGAGCCUAGAUGGCUAUCCAUUAGUUCUGCACAGUGAGCUCAUGCCCCAUCACCAGGCCAUGCUGUGUUAAUCGA